UUGAGACGAAAGAUAUUUAAUUAAAAAAAUAUUUACAAACUUUUAAAUUGAAUUCUUUUUGAAAAAUACUUAAAAAGAAGAAAAUUAUAAAUCUUCCAUCUCGGACUAUUUUUAUUCCUCUGAAACGACGCAAAAAUAAUUUUCUAAUAAUAAAUUUACACAAAGAUACAUAAUCAAAUAUCUACAUAAUUUUUCCAUAUCAAAGAAGUUAAAAAUAUUGUAAAAUUUUUGAAAUUUGUAAAGUUUAUUUGAAAUAAAUAAAAUAAAAUAUUUCAGUCGAAGGUGUAAACAUAUUCCGAACAUGACACCCUCGAGCGUUUGUCUACCCGGACCUUUUGAACCUCAACUAAUCGAAAUAACAACCUUGAAGUUCCUAUUGCUUUGUCGCGAGAAUUACGCUCGCCUCGAUGCCAAAGCACGAAAUGCAAUUCAAUCUUUUUCCCUGCCCUUUUUUUCUUCUCUUUUAAAAUAGUACGAAUGGUACGAAUUGAUGAAGGAUUCUUUCCCGAUUUUCUUAAAAGAGAGGCAUUGAGCCUGGUAUUCGGCCAUGAAGCACGUUCUCGAUAGUCAAUCCAAAUUUUUACGUGACCGCGUCGUAAACUUUUCACGUGCACGAAAGGCGCGGACAGGAACGCGAGAGACGUAACGGAUCAACGAGAUCGGCAACGGUACUUCGUGCCUGGUCUGCGCGUACUCGCAAGUCCUGCAUGCUAAUGGGACGUCAUCGUGGACGUCGUUAUGCGACUCUUUUCGUCCUCGAUGAUAUCCUUCGUUCCGGUGUGUCGCGCACGCGAUUUUUCCUGAGAUUAAUAUCUAAAUGAUGGGGGAGAGAGAGGGUUCUCGCAACUUCUGCAAUAGACAGCGAAUAUUUGUCAAUAGCGAGAGGAUGAUUCGAGAAGUUCCCGCAACGUCGUUGCUCCCUGAAGUGAUGUUGUCUUCUCUCCGCACGGAAACAAUAGCGAGCGGCUUUUCGCGAAGCGCAAUUUAAAAAUGGAAACGGUUUAAGAAAUAUCUAGUGGAUAUGUGCACAAAGCGAAAUGAAUUCUUGUGUUUCUGUGUACUGAAGACAAGAGCUUGGUAUUAAUAAUUUAGCUUUGGUGAAAUAAUUUUAAUUAAAUGUUUGUGUGCGGUUAAUAUAAUCAAAUAUUUAGUAAUAUUUAGUAAUCAUGUUAAUAGUGACCAAUCGAUUAUUAAACGCUUACUAAACAUUACUGAAUAUUUGAUUAUAUUAACUGAGUGUUUAAUUGAAACUAUUCACCAAGGCUUAGUAACUGUCACGUAGGAUUGAUUAUGUUAUCGGUGUAUUAGAAAGACUGGUCGACUCUCGUUCUCGACUCCCUGCGUAGAAAGAAAAAUAUCGCGAUGGCACAAUAUUCUUACGUAUUACUUGCUAAUAAUGGGCACGGGCUAGGCCAUCGUUGUUGCAAAUAAAGCCGAGACCGGAAGUGAGGCAAUUACUCAGCCGGUCGGGCAGCAGCUCCAGUCAAUUGUCCCGAUUGUAUUCCCGCGGUAGCCGCACUGUCGACGCUGAGGACAGGAAAAUGUACUCACUCGUUUCGUUUUGGUUUCUAACGAUCUUCCAACGUAAUCGCUCGUUAACAGCCGCGCGUCAUCGUGAAGCGAAUUUUUAGGGAGCGGCUAUCGAUUGACCGUAAUGAUGUUUUCUUUUGAAAAGAACGAUGUUCGGAAAAUUUAAAAAAAAAAUUUUUGAGUACAAGAGAGUUAAAAAUUCUGGACAAAUUGAUUUUACACGGUGAUGAUGUAACGGGACUUUCGCUGUCGCUGUCGCGGUGAGGCAACAAUGUCCGCACAAUGCAAUCGCUUCGUGCAAAACGCCUGGAAGAAGGAGCUCUGCUCGAACUGUUUCAAACCGAGGGAGGAACAUGCGCCGGCUGACGAUGUCUUGCGACUGAACGUCGAAAAGGCUUCCACGAAUCUGAAGAUUGAUCAUCUUCAAGUGCAGAGGCAUCACGUAUCAAUUGGAGAAUCAACCGAUCGAAUAACCUUGCAGAGUAUCCUCCGCGGCAAAACGAUUUGUCGGAAAGACCAACGGAAGAAAAACGUCGGUUUCCCCGAGUCUCUCACCGAGGUAAUCGGCUAUGGUGGCGACGACUUCUCCGACGGCGAGGAGGACAGGGACGGGGCUCAGGCCGAUUCCUCCGCGAAAGCGGAGGAUCUGGUGCCGGACAGCGAGGAGGAGCGCGCGUUAUUCGAUCUGACCCGCGCGAACACGAACUUCAAUACGGUCACCGCGAAUUUGAACGUCGCGAACGUCGAGAGCAACGGUUCGCACGACACGGCCAAGUCGUCGUCGUCGACGACGUCGCCCGGCAAGUCCUUCGCCUCGUUGAUGCUGGGUAGGAUACAGAGAGACGCCGAUGGCAGGAAAACGACUCUCUUGGUGUCCGUAACGCCCUUCGGCGGAGACGAGUCCGUACCCACCGCCAGAAGGCCGACCGAUCGAAAGAUCAACACGAGUAAUUUGCAAACCAGUCCGUUCAGAGUGAAACCCAGCGAUGGUGGAUCGCCGGAUAACACUGCCGAAGUCGCAAAGAAACUCAAUGGACUAGAGCGGAAGAAGGCCGAAGAGCAAGAACAAAAGUCGCCCUUGGAACUAGGGAAGAUCGUAGAUAUGCCGUUGAUCACCUCUUCCAAUAUGAUUUCCAUCAUGCGGAGGGAGAUCACGAUGGAUACUGCCAACGUAGACGCGAUGAAGACAGCGGAAACGGCGGCGCAGAAAUACUCGUCCGUCUGUAAAAUUGACAAGAGGAACGCCACAAACGUUCCUCUCAACACCGUUUCAGCGGCAAAGAAGACUGAAAUCGUGGAAACUUCGUCGAGGAUGCCCGCGCAAUCCGCGCCGAGUAACGACGCGGGAGAGAACGUGAAGCGGAUGGCGACAGGUAAAAGCGAGUGCACGAAGCAAGACGAAGGGAAGGAAGAGAGCGCCGAAGUCACCACGUUGACGUCGCUGAAGAACGAGGAAACGCCAGAGGGCGAUCGUUCGAUAAACGUCGGCGACAGGAGUGUCAACGGCGUCGGCAACGGCGAGGAAGUUCCGUCGUCGCAAGUGCGCGAGGUCGAGGGAGAAUGCGAGGGCGCGGAGCGGAAGAAAUUCUGCUUCGACAGCAGCCGCGAGCUCGCGGGCGAACCGGACGGCAAAGCGGACGAGGAGGAAGUGACGGAGCCGCCGGCGUUGCCCACGAGUCCGCCGCCGAUUAUAACCACGGAACCGAGGCCCUCUUUUCUCCAUGGUAACGUUAAUAUUGACUCGAAGGUGAAGCCCGUCGUACCGCAGAAACCGGCGACCUUUCCAGCAAAGGCGAGCCCGCACGAUGGCCUGCUCGCCCUGAGAAAAAUUCCGAAUGGCGAUUACGUAUUACCACCUCCGUCGGUCCAGACCGUCGCUAGUAGACCCGUGCAGAAUUUAGGUACGCAGGAUAUGAGCUCUCGAUGUUCAACGAAGAAGAACGUUACGAACGAGAUUUUAUCGGAGCCCGAUCAAGUCCCGUCAACCGUCACGGCUCAAAACUCGGAAUCUGGAGAGCAAGCAAAACCUCCAUCAAAAUCCGUUCUCCCGUCGUUCACUUCCGUAACCGCACCGCCAGUCUUGUCAAGAAAUUAUAUGAUGAGUAACGAAGAAAUAGACGAGAAUAUCGUGUUAGACGAGGAGUUUCCGGAAAUUAUUCCAGUUUCCAUCUCCACGAUGGAGCUCGUGCGUUCGCCGAACAAGAGAAGGAUGGCUCCACGACCGCCGGAGUCCGCGGAGGAACUCCUGCCAGUCUCCUCUCUGUUCGCCAGGAAUCCGGGAGCGAAUUUAAAGUCCGAUUCCCCGGUGGUUCGCGAGAAAGAGAAGCGAGAAAGAUCAUCGUCGUGUAGUCCGAAGUUCCGCAAGGCGGUCUGCGAUCUGCCGGAUCCGACGAACGAGAGCGCCAAGCAGCCGGUCGAGUGCGUGGCUAGGAGAACGAUAUCUCUGUCGCAGGACAGCCUGACGACGGAGAAGGAGGUGCGGGAGGAAAAGAAGAGGGGCAGGAACCGAAAAGGUUUUUCCCUGAAGAGGUUUCUGAGAAUGGGCACGAGGAAGGACAUGGACGUGUUCGCCGGCCAAAUGUCGGGCGCGAAGACCGACGAGAUACCGUCGACGCCGCAACCGAAACCGCGAUUAGAAAUAAUCCAUCCGUUGGAGUUGGAUGGUGCCGCGGUCGAGGUCGUGGGGAAUGACAGGAUCACUGCCAGGAUGGGCGAGGACCAGACGGAUUUCUGCGGUAUCAAAAACGACGACACGAGGACGGCGCGGUUUCCUCCACCGAUCGCGGCGAGACCGGGGAAACCACCCCCGCCGCCGAGAAACCAAUCCCUCGAGGAUUGGUCGAGGCUGGACUCGGCGAACAAACCAGUCAGACCGCCGCCACCUCGCGCGGAGAUCAAAUUGAACGUCGCCUCUUCGAGAAACGACAAGACGUCGAAAGCCACUUGGAGGCCAACCGCCGCGACGACCUCGGAUUCAAUUUACGCGAAUCUGGCAGCGGAGGAUGUUACAGGUGAGGUGCGCAGUGCCCUGGCACCCUCGAAACCCCAAAGAACCGCCAGCCUGAGGGACCGAGCGAUCUCCCAACCCGUCCCGAAAAGGGCAUCGGCCGAGGAUCAGCACCGAGACUACAACGGGCUCACUGCUGCACGACCCACCUCCGACUCGCCGACAUCCAACGACAGUCACGUAUACGAGUGUCUCUCAAGUUCGCCCGAGUGCGAUUCGAAUCUCGAGCUGCGGCACGGAAGCGGAAACGGAUUCCGCGCCGCGUGCAAGAGAAAGUCCGACAGCAGCGCAAUGAUCGGGGAGUCGAAGGUCCAUCAUCAACCCUCGUUUGCGAGGUCGAUCUCGCUGCCGUAUUGCGGCAGCGAGACCGAGAGCGAGCUUUACGCGCCGUAUACUUUCUACACCGGCGACGAGGGCGCCGAGGAGGAUCAGGAUUGGAAAAACACGGACGACGAGCCCAGGAUGGGCCGCUUGAGGCAACGCCGGGGGCGCACCGUCGUUCAUCGAAGCCUCGAGGAUAAUUACGGCGCGGUGGUUGUGGCGAAUCACGAAGCGCUCGCCCAAUUUCUCGAGCAGGAAAAUCAAACCGUUCAAUUUCCGCCAAGUCUGCGCGCGCUUAAGAACGCGAAUCUUCUAUUGAAGCACUUUAAUGUCGACGCUCAGUCGUCAGUCUCCAUCGGCAGAAGAAUAUUUUGCCCGGCGACGUGGAAUGAUCAAAAUGUCACUCUUUGCAUAGCAUUCGAUUUAGCUAUGCCUAUGCCACAAAAAGAUUUUUAUUUGACUCCCGUAAUAGAAUUUGUAGACAAGGUGCCGAAAGAGAUAAUCGAGAAGGUCCAGCCGUCCGCGAAAGAAGAUGUCGAAGCGACAAUUUCGGUUCUCCCGUGUCUACACGUCACCACCAUACAAUCGUUCGGAGCGAUGUCGAGGGACAUAAACGGCGAGGGUGCGAGCAGAGAGGCGUCGUUCGUCCUUCUUCAACUGGUCAACGCUCUGAAGAGCCUUCAAGCACGCGGGAUCGAAGACGCCAGCAGAUCUCUGAGCGACGUUGUACUCUGCAGAGAGGACGUUUAUUAUCGGCUGUACCUCCUACCAGGAAGGUUAAACAUAGACCCGAGCGACGAGCCCGGCGAGGAACGGGUCUCCCUAUGCGAGUGCGCUUUAAUAGCGCUGCAACAGUUGCAUCUGACGAGCGAACUACCUCUGAUACAGGAUUUACUGAUACGCGAGAAAGCGGUCACCCUCUCGCAGGUAAAAUCUGUGCUGGAAUUUUCAUUGUGGGGCCCGGCCGACGUGCCACUCGGUGGUCCACGAGAAAGGGAAGUAGCGCUUCAGAGAUGGCUCGACCUCGAACGGGCGAACGUACUUCACGCUCUCAUCAAGACGAAGACAGCUCUGACCGUUAUAGACGAAUACCAAUUAUUAUUCUUGGUACGAACUACUGCUAAAAUUAUGAGUGAAGCAUCGGUGCUCCUUGACGAGCAGCGUAAGCGCUUGGCGCAAACAUGUUAAUAUGUUUUCCAUCGUACAUGACGAGAUGUGCAAAUUGUAAGUUUGCGCUAAGAGAAACUAAUAUUUAUCGAUAAACGGAAAAGAAAAGAUAUCCGAACGCAAAGGUAACUUGUAACUACUGUGCUAACAUAAUAGCUUUUCACUUAUCCAAUUAAUUUAUGUUCCUUGUUAUCGACGAUUUUUUUUUUUUUUUUUAAUAGACGUUACAUCAAAAUAAUUGUAUAAUUAACUUGUAUUCACUAACGUGAGAUUGAAUCGUACGAUUGCUGGUGUGAGAAAUUAUAUAUAUAUAUAUAUAUAUAUAUAUAUUUUAUAUAUAUGUAUACGCAGGAUAUGUUGGUAUACGUAUAAAUAAUCCCGGAAAAACAGCUCAAUGUUAUAAAUAUCUUGUACGUAAUGUAAUAUCUGAUGAUAAGAUAAAGGUAUUAGGAAUGUGCCAAUGCUCAAUCGAAAUGUGAUUUUGCGUUUGCGUUUGAUCCGUCGCGGAUCCGGAAGUUUAGAGGUAGCUGUUUCAUAUGUCGUCUUCAGCAAUGUGCGAUAGUAUUAUUUAUAAAUAUUUAUAAACAUUUUACACACGUACAUUUGUAUAGAAAUAAAUGUAAUAAUUGCAA